AUGGCAAGCAAGUACACAUUGAAGGUCAAAAACCACCUCAAUGAAGACCAGAACAAUAGGGUGGGUCUAUCCUAUCGUAAAAGGACUGACAUUGAGGGAUGGCAAUUAGUGGCUACCCAAGACCUUGGUCGUUUGAGAUGGAUUUAUGUCGAUGAUGCGAUGGAGCGCAAGGUGCGCCCACAAGAUGACACAACCAAGUUCUUUCUUGACAUUCCGGUGGGAAUUGCCGAUAAGCACACAACCCAGGCGCCCUCCGAGGCCAUUUACAGGGGUGUCCGAUUUCACGCCAACACACAGGUUCGCUCCCUGGGAUGUUGGGCCGCCGACCUGAGCUGCAUUUUCUUCGUGACCCCGAUGCUGGUCUUCGCGUGGUAUAUUACCGGGGCCCAAAUCGAUGAAGCUUAUGUGGUAGAACUGAUCCGCUAUAUGUUCAAUUGCCAAAACCCCGACGAUGGCGGCUGGCCGACAUACUUGGGAGAGGAGUCUUCACCAAUGGGAACAAAAUUGGUGUACAUUGCCCUCCGGCUCAUGGGGGUUCCAGCCGACGAUCAGCAUCUUAGCAAAGCUCGUUUAUACUAUCGUAGACACGGCGGAGCAGUCUACCUGCCGGGCUGGGCCAAGUUCUGGCUUGCGCUGCUCGGUCUAUACGACUGGGUAGGUACUGAUCCCUACCCAGUGGAGAUGUGGCUCCUGCCAGAGUGGUUUCCAGUCAGCCCCUGGAAAUGGUUCGUAGUACCGCGCCAAGUGUACCUUCCCAUGUGCUACCUCUCAUCUCGAAGAUUCACAAUACCCACUAAUGAGCUCUUGGACGAAAUUCGGGUGGAGCUGUUCCCAGAAAACUUCUCUUCUGUGGAUUUUACCGCCUUCGGAGGGGUCGUACGAUCAUCCAAGCGACUUCAACCCAAAAGCUGGGUACUACAGACCUUGAACUGGGGCUUAACUAAUGUGUGGAAUCCAUGGAUAUGCCCUAAUAAACUGAAGGAAAAAGCAGAAAAACGUGCGUGGGAAACAUUGGAAAAUAUGGAUCGGCAGAGCAACUCAACUGGUAUUGUCAGUAUUGACGCAUGGCUCAACAUGAUUGCUUUCUAUUGCGCCGAGGGACCCAAUUCACCGGCCUUAAAACACAUGCAAGACGUGAGUUUGGAGUACUUGUGGAUGAGCGCGUCGGGUAUGCAAUCCAUGAGCAUUCAUGGAGGCCAUGCGUGGGAGACGUCGUUCGCUUUGCAGACUCUUGCGUAUACUGGCCUCGCAAACCACCAGGAUUUCCGGCGGAAUGCUGUACAGGCAUAUGAGUUUUUGAUACGGCAGCAACUGUUGGAAGAGUGGGAUAAUUCCCCUUAUUGCCACCGUCCAAGUCGUCUAGGGGCCUGGCCAUUUACCACCCGUUACCACGGCACCCCUUGUUCGGAUUGCACUGCAGAAGUGUUGAAAGCCAUUCUUAUGGUCGAAAGCGAAAUGGGCCUCCGACAGAUGAAGGAUCAGAAUAUAUGCCUCGCGGUGGACAACCUGCUUCUAAUUCAGAAUGCUAGCGGGGGCUAUAGCAGUUUCGAACCCAUCGCUGCGGGCAGUUGGUUGGAGUACUUUAACGGGACCGAAAUGUUCGGGCAAGUGAUGACAGAACACGACUACGUGGAGUGUACGUCUUCGUGUGUCACAGCUUUGGCACUUUUUAGAGCUCGGAACGGUGGGUACCGGCGCCUGGAGGUGGAUCGAGCCAUUGAGCGCGGAGUGAAAUAUAUCGAGACAAGCCAACGUAACGAUGGGGGCUGGAUGGCCUCGUGGGGCAUUACUUUUACAUAUGGUGCUUUCUUUGCCAUGGAAGCCCUGCACUGCGGAGGACGGACGUAUGAGAACUCCCCCGUGGUCCGGACAGGUUGUCGCUUCUUACUUGACCUGCAGGAGCCGGACGGAGGAUGGGGAGAGACGUUAGAGUCCCGCUUAGUUAAUAAUUAUGUGCGAGCACCCAAGUCGAACACUGUCCAGACCGCAUGGGCUUGCAUGGCUUUGAUGUACGCCGGGUACCCUGAUUCAGAGCCCAUAAAAAGGGGACUUCAACUCGUUAUGAGCCGACAAAAAGCCAAUGGGGAAUGGGAACAGGAAUAUCCUGUCGGCGCUGGCAUCCUUACAUGUCAUAUUCAGUAUCACAAUUUUAUAUAUUCUUUUCCUAUCCGAGCAUUAGCUAUGUACGAAAAGACGUACGGGUGGCCCAUAGCAUUGAAAUAA